CGCGAAGAGCUUUUGUCCCUCACUAGGAGUUGCUUUAAAUCUCUGGGAAGGUCUGUUCCGAAUUUACUCCUCCUGGAUUGGUUAAGAUCCCUUUUAAGUGUGUGCUUUGUUCUCUGAAAAGCUGAGGUCAGUUGAGCAACAUGCUGCUAAUGUUUGGGGGGGGGAAAAAGAGCUGAGUAAUGCUGGAGCCUUCUCAUGUGGCUGAUGCAAACCUGGAGAAUUUGCAUCAUCAUUAAGCUGGAAUAAGUUGGUGUGACAGGCAGGAGCUUAAAUACCAGCCCACGAGGAAGCUGAGCUGGUCUGUAAUGAUAGGGCGGUAGCAGCAGCCGCAGCCGCAGAGGUAGAGUCGGAGGUGGUGGAGGAGCGAGAGCACCAUGAACACACAGGUGUUUCUGAGGAGUAAUCAGAGAGCUGUGAAGGAGAAAAAGGCACCUUUGAGUUUUUACCUGUGAACACAAUAGCCCUGAGAGAGACAAUCUGAAAGCAAAGAGGAAGAGAUUUGGUCAGUCACACCAAGAGAGACCAAAGUGGAAAGUUUUGGGUUUUGUUCUUGUUUUUGUUUGGUUUUGUUUGGUUUUGUUGCUGUUGUUUUUUUUUUUUCCCUGUGUUUCCUUUUUCCCCGCGUGUCACUACAAUGGUCAAAAAGCCUGUUGUGUCCACCAUCUCCAGUGGAGGUUACCUGCAGGGGAAUGUUAAUGGGAAGCUGCCUUCUUUGGGUGGCAAGGAGCCACCUGGGCAGGAGAAAGUGGUGCUGAAGAAGAAAAUCACUUUGCUGAGGGGCAUCUCCAUCAUCAUUGGCACGAUCAUUGGAGCAGGAAUCUUCAUCUCUCCUAAGGGCGUGCUCCAGAACACGGGCAGCGUGGGCAUGUCUCUGAUUAUCUGGACAGUCUGUGGGGUCCUGUCUCUGUUUGGAGCCUUGUCCUAUGCUGAAUUGGGAACAAGUAUAAAGAAAUCUGGUGGUCAUUAUACAUACAUUCUGGAAGUCUUUGGCCCAUUACCAGCUUUCGUACGAGUCUGGGUGGAACUGCUCAUAAUACGCCCUGCAGCCACUGCUGUGAUUUCUCUGGCAUUUGGACGCUACAUUCUGGAACCAUUUUUUAUUCAGUGUGAAAUUCCUGAACUUGCAAUCAAGCUCAUUACAGCCGUGGGCAUAACUGUAGUGAUGGUUCUAAACAGCAUGAGUGUCAGCUGGAGUGCCCGGAUCCAGAUUUUCCUAACCUUUUGCAAGCUCACAGCAAUUCUGAUAAUUAUAGUCCCUGGAGUUAUGCAGCUAAUUAAAGGGCAAACACAACACUUUCAAGAUGCCUUUUCAGGAAGAGAUGCAAGUAUCAUGGGGUUGCCACUGGCUUUUUAUUAUGGGAUGUAUGCAUACGCUGGCUGGUUUUAUCUCAACUUUGUUACGGAAGAAGUAGAAAAUCCUGAGAAAACCAUCCCCCUUGCAAUCUGUAUAUCCAUGGCCAUCGUCACCACCGGCUACGUGCUAACAAAUGUGGCCUACUUUACGACCAUUAGUGCUGAGGAGCUGUUGCUUUCAAAUGCAGUGGCAGUGACCUUUUCUGAGCGGCUACUGGGAAAUUUCUCAUUAGCAGUUCCGAUCUUUGUUGCCCUCUCCUGCUUUGGCUCCAUGAAUGGUGGUGUGUUUGCUGUCUCCAGGUUAUUCUAUGUUGCGUCUCGAGAGGGUCACCUUCCAGAAAUCCUCUCCAUGAUUCAUGUCCGCAAGCACACUCCUCUGCCAGCUGUUAUUGUUUUGCACCCCUUGACGAUGAUAAUGCUCUUCUCGGGGGACCUCUACAGUCUGUUGAAUUUCCUCAGUUUUGCCAGGUGGCUUUUUAUUGGGCUGGCGGUUGCUGGGCUGAUUUAUCUCCGAUACAAACGCCCAGAGAUGCAUCGUCCUUUCAAGGUGCCACUGUUCAUCCCGGCUUUGUUCUCCUUCACGUGUCUCUUCAUGGUGGCCCUUUCCCUGUAUUCGGAUCCAUUUAGUACAGGGAUCGGUUUCAUCAUUACUCUGACUGGGGUCCCUGCAUACUAUCUCUUUAUCAUAUGGGACAAGAAGCCCAAGUGGUUUAGAAGAAUGUCAGAAAGAACAACUAGCAACGACCCAUAGAUAAGACACCUUUAUGAAGAUCCCAGAACCUGAGGUUGGGGCUGACGCAGCCCCUUGGAUGACCAAAACCAAGAAAAAUCACGUUAGAAAGGUAAGAGGACUGAUUUUGUUUUGAUUGCAUCUACUUUCCAAUAGAUGUUGUCAGUGCCACACCACACGUAGGGGGUCCCCCUGCCCCCCGCCCCAGCCUAUGAUUUCUCUAGUGGGAAGAGGAAAACCCAAAGUGGACACCCAGUUUCACCAGCGUUCUGAAGACACUUUCUAUGAGCCCCAUUUAGGUCUUGCCUCACAGGGAGGGAUCGCCAGGGAAACCUGCUAGAGAUGGAAAAGGGGAGCAAGGCUCCUAGUCACGGGCAUGCAGACCUUGGCAGACAGUGUUCCUGUUGGCAGAGGUGAGCAUAUGCAGACCCAAGCUGGUGGUCCUGUCUGUCCAUGGAGCUCGGUCAGCAGUUCUGCCCAGUUUGGAGCCAAAGCCAUCAGGCUGUCCCAGUGGCAGAGCAUAUUCUAUUGCCCCACUCAGACAAUAAAGCGAGCUAGCAUCCAUUUAACUGAUGGACAUAGUUUCUACCUCCACCCAACCACUGAGACCCAAAUGUUUUGUCUGGCCAGGUACCUUGAGAAGCCACAAGUCUUUUUGGCACAAUUAUAGGUAACAUCUGUAAAAUUUAACACCAAGAAGAAUUCAGUAAUAGCCCUCAAGUCCCUUCACAAGUGAAGGGGUAAAUGGUUUUUGAGGUAGCGGAAUGCCCAGAGAUUGUACCAACUCGUAAAGGUUUCCUGUAGGUGCAUAUAUACUGGUCCCCCUCCCAUACUCAGAUGUACAUGCGUAUAGAGCAUGAAUAAAUCAAGAAAUUGGAAAAAAAAAUAGGAAGUUAAUUAGAAGUAAAAUCAAAUGCAGCCAGAGGUAAGAUAAAAACAAUUAAUGCUUAACAAAUGUAUACUGUGUGCCUUUAGCACUGCUCUGAGCACUAAGUGUAUACCGACUCAUUUAAACCUCAUGACAACUUUAUGAGGUCCACAUUAUCAGGAAGCAACUGAGGUAAGUUGCAGUCAAAUAACUUGUUGAAAGUCACAUACAAAGCGUUUGGCACAUUUUAGAUGUCUUUAAACAAAAACAUUGAAAAUCAUUCCUAUCCUCCAAACGCCAAAAGUUUUAUCUUUCAGUCUGUUUGUGAAGUAUUGAAAUUUCCUUGCUUACUGGGCAAGAGCAAAGAAACUUCCAUCGAUAAGAGUAUUGAUGAUGAGUUUUACUGAUUCUUUAGGAUAUCCAUAGGUCACGGGACAUACUAGUGUUGAUCUGGACAAUUCUUACCUAGCUGCAGGGAGAUGUUAGGAGUAGAAGCAUAAUUUGUGCCAUUCUCUCACCACUGAAACGUCCUGCUAAUAGUAAGGCAAUUCAGGCCAAAUUGCAGGCAUCAUUGCUACAUCCUUUCAUGAAGCUAGUAAAAAUAAUUUUACUUCUUUUUUAAAAAAAAUUUUAAUGUUUGUUUAGUUUUGAGAGAGAGAGACAGAGCAUGAGCAGGGGCGGGGCAGAGAGAGAGGGAGACACAGAAUCGGAAGCAGGCUCCAGGCCCCGAGCUGUCAGCACAGCUGACAAGUUCAAGCUGUGGGGCUUGAACUCACAAACUGCAAGAUCAUGACCUGAGUUGAAGUUGGAGGCUAAACCCACUGAGCCACCCAGGUACCCCAAAAUGACUUUACUUCUAAUUAACGAUUCCAGAUUCCUCUUAGUUUCUUGGUCUCAGAGUUUCUUUCUUUCUUUCUUUCUUUCUUUCUUUCUUUCUUUCUUUCUUCUUAUUUUACCAUUUUUAGUGGGAAAUUUUAACACUUCCUCAGAAGUUCCUUAGUUCAAACCCACAAGACAUUAAGAUACAGAAUGUUUGAAAAUCAUGGGGCACCUGGGUGGCUCAAUCAGUUAAGCAGCCGACUGUUGAUAUCGGCUCUGGUCAUGAUCUCACCAUUUGGGAGAUUGAGCCACACCUUGGGCUCUGUGCUGACAGCAUGGAGCCUGUUUGGGAUUCUCUCUCUAUCCCACUCUCUCUGCCCCUCCCCUGCUCAUGUGCUCUCUCUCUCUCUUUCUCGCCAUCAAAAUAAAUAAACUUUAAAAAAAUGUUUGAAAAUCACAAUUAUAUAUAAGUAAUCAUAUAUUUACAUAUAAUUAUAUUUAUAUAAUUAGUUGUAUAUGUUAUAUAUAAAAUUAUAUAUAUGUAAUACCCAUUAGGCAAAUAUUACUUUUGAGUAUCCAUGGGCCACUCAUAAAACCUGAGUUUCUAUUGGGACUCAAUGAAAACCUACUAAAUCUCAAGGAAUCAGUAUCUUGGAGACUAUGACAAUAAUAUAGCAAAUUUGGAAAUCAAUAAUAAAAGGAUAGCUUUAAAAAGUUUGUGUAUCUUGGGGCACCUGGGUGGCUCAGUUGGUUAGGCGGCCAACUCUUGAUUUAGUCUCAGGUCAUGAUCUCACGCUUCUGAGAUGGAGCCCCGCCUCUGGCUCUGCAUUGACAGUGUGAGCCUGCUUGGGAUUCUCUCUCUUCCUCUCUCUGGCCCUCCCCUGCUCAUGCUCUCUCUCUCAAAGUAAAUACACAUUUUUUUUUAAAAAAGUUUGUAUAUCUUAAAAAUAACCUGCUAAGAAACUCCUGAGUAGAAGCCAUGUAUGAAAUACUUGGAAGGAGAGGAUAGCGAAGAAAACAACAAUCCAGCCCUCUUGGGUUGCAGCGAAGCAUUCUAAGCAGGAAAUUUAGGAGGCGAGGGGAAUGUAGAUGUCGGUACAGCAGAAAAUAACAAGCACAGUACAUCAGGACGGCGGCCACAAAAACAGGAGAUGAACUGCACCCACUGAUUGGGUGAAAGAUCAUGAACUGAGGACCAGCCCAAUAGUAUUUUUAAAAGAUAAUAGUUUUGAGUGAAUUAACCAUAAUAAGGCAACAAUGUGUUCCACUAAAAUCGGUUUUUAAAAAGGAAGGGAAGUUAUUUAACAAGAAAUUUAAUGAUGUCAAGGCACUUGACAGAAUGGCACGUCCCAGUGAGAUCAUUGUCAAGGCGUGUUGCAAAAUACCCCAACUUUUUCAGUUAUUUAUGCAUCUGAGGUUCAUAAAAGAGAGCAUAAAAUAAAGAAGAAUAAGGAUGGUUAAUCUAUUUUAUCCAUAGACUAGUGCUAUCUGCUAUUUCACUGUCCAGGGAAUUCACACUGUUAUUGAGGAUUCAGAGUAAAACCAAGUGUAUAACAACCUUUCUGGCUUCUCAGAUUGCCUGGCAGAAUUUCUGACCUAAUAAUUGGAAGUUUCCAUGUGGUGUGAUUUUUAAGUACUAAUAUCAUAUGAAUCACAAGAUAUUCUCCACAAAGUUUUUAGAAGUUUAUUUAUUUAUUUGAUGGGGGGGGGGCAGUGAGUGAGUAGGAGAGAGGAAGAGAGAGAAGGUGAGACAGAGAAUCCCAAGCAAACUCUGUGCUGUUAGUGCAGAACCCAAAGCAGGGCUCGAUUUCACCAAACAUGGGAUUAUGACUUGAGCCAAAGCCAAGAGUCAGAUGCUUAACCAACUGAGCCACUCAGGUACCCCAGAUAUUCUCCACAAUUUACCUGUAAUAACCUUUUAGCCGCAUGAUAAAAUAAAUGUGGCAAUGGAAGAUCAUUUCACUGACUUUCAUUUGAGUUCCAAUAUGAAUAUGGAUUUUAAAUUACUGAUUUAUCCAAUAAAAUCUUUUUCCUUCAUUCACCAAAUGGGAGUCUUAUCUCCAUUAUACAAGUGCAAAGGUAAUUUAUGCUUUUAAACUGGAAAUUGACUAUUGCAACCCUGAUUUGCUUUAUACAACGUUUCCUGUCUUAGCUGAAUUUUCCAGGUUAUAAUAAAUGAAUGAUUGUGAUGUUUUAUAACAUACAUUAAAGUUUCUUUUACUGGUGGCAUAUGUUUCUAUCAUAGUUCCUCAAUAUUGUUAGUUCUAUCAUAGUUCCUCAAUUUGCUGUUAAAUAAGUCCCUUCCCUUUGCUAGAAAAUGAUUUUUAUAAAUGUGCAAAUUAUGUAGUUUAAUUCAAAAAUUUAAUUCAUUCAACAAAGAAUAAGCAACCACAAUGUGCCAGGUUGAGUGCUGUGUAGUUAAAGAUAAAGCACAGUUUUUCUCAAGUAAUUAAGAGUCUGGUGAUGAAAGAGACCCAUAAACAGAUACAAGAUAGUAUUUUAAGGGCCUUAUAGAGGCAUGCGUGGGCAUUAGGGGAGCAUUUAAUAGUAACACCGAAUUCCAGUUAAGGAGAAUAGAGAUGAAAUCCUGGAGGAUUGAUUCAUAAACUGAGCAUUAAAGGUGACGUGAACAAAGGGUCAUGGGAGGGUUGGGAUUGUGGAAAACGUUUCAGCAUGUGCACUGCCAUCGUGCAACAUGUAUAGUGCCAAGGAGCAGGACUUAGAGAUAGAGAUAAGGGGAUGUGUUCAUUUCCUAUUGCUGCUAUAAUAAAUUACUGCAUACUUAGUGGCUUCAAACCACACGAACAUGUUAUCUUACAGUUGUGGCGGUCGGAAGUCUGAAAUGGGUCUUACAGAGCUAGAAUCAAGGUCAGCAGAGCUGUGUUCUUCCUGGUGCUUUGGGGAAGACUCUGUUUCUUUGCCUUUCCUGGCUUUCCUGCAUUCCUUGGCUCAUCGCCACUUCUCGGCAUCACUCUGACCUCUGUUUCUGUUGUCACAUCUCCUCCAGCUGUGACAUCCCGCCUCCCUCUUGUAAGGACUAGGAUCCCAUUGGAUCUGGCUCACCCACAUAAUACUGAAUAAUCUCAUCCCAAAAUACUUAAUCGCAUCUACAAAGUCCAUUUUGUUAUGUAAGGUAAUAUAUUCACAGGUGUCGGGGACUGGGACGCAAGUGUCUUUGGCAGACCCUUAUUCUGUCCACUGCAAGGAACACGUUAAAAAAGUAUUGAGGAGGACUGGUCUCUUACGAACAUGGUGUGGGAUGAAUGAAAAAGAAAGUAAAAACUCUCAGGUGUUUAAACUUAUCUCACUUUUAGAAAUGUUACCAACUAAAAUGGAGAACACAAGGGGUGCCUGGGUGGCUCAGUCGGCUAAGCCUCUGGCUUUGGCUCCGGUCAUGAUCUCGCGGUUCAUGGGUUUGAGCCCCGAGUCGGGUUCUGUGCUGACAGCUGAGAGCCUGGAACCUACUUCAGAUACUGUCUGUUUCUCUCUCUGUCUCUCUCUCUCUCUCUGCUCCUCCCCCACUCAUGCUCUGUCUCUCUCUCAAGAAUAAAUAACAUUAAAAUUUUUUUUAAAUAAAAUAAAAUGGCGAAUACUGGAGGAAAAGCCUUUUCCUCCAUGUGGAGCAUGUGGAGGUUGAGGUACCUGUGGAAGCCAACAGGAGAUUUCCAGCAGGUAUGUUGCUAUCCGGACCCGAAGCCUGGAGGAAAACUGUACUGGAGGUUUAGAUUUGUAUGUUCCCAGCCUCCAGAGAGCAGGGUUGGAUUCAUGUUGGAUGAAAAUACACAGGAAGAGAUUGAGAAUGAGAAGCACAAGAAUGAGAAGCUAGCAUUUAGAGGUGUUUGGAAAAUGGGCAGCUCUCCAUGUUGGCUGGGGAGGACUUGUCAGAAACGGAAAAUCAGGAGAAGAGAGUAUCUCGGCAGCCAAGAGAUAGAGCAAUGGUGUUGACACUGUGCUCCCCCAAAGUCCCACUAGGUGUCACUAUAGUUCAUGGUAGAGAGAGGAGGGAGUAGAUGGGACUCCAAGCCUGUCACCAAAAUCAGAGAGGCUGCUUUUAUUUGAGUUAUUGGUCUGCAAUAUUUUUUCAUGGGGUUUAAUUUAAGUAAGGGGUUUUGUGAUAAAACUGCGUUUAUGUUUGGAAAACCUCUAGAGUAGAGAGUUUGAGGUAGAGUGAAUGAUGAAUGUCACAUGGUUGUUUGGCUGAGCAUCCUGUGAAUGUAGCCAAAAAACAGUGUGGCUACUGAUUACUUUUAUCAAUCUGGGUAAUUGAUGGUGAGUGCUAUCGGUCCCCUGGGUUCUCAGAGCAUCUUUACCUCUCAUGGUCCUUUCCACACUCUAUUUUCAUUUUUGUUUUCACUCCUCUGUGUAUCCCUCUCUACUCUGUAAACACACUCAACAUCAUACCAGUGACUUUCACCUUUGUAUUGCAAGUGUAAAAAGAUGAAGGAAAAUGCAUUCACUAGACUUUGUCUUAAGGAGAACACUGCCUGUCUUCAGGCAGAGGCGACAGACCUCAUAAGCAUGCUCAAGCAAAACAGGAUGCUCCCUAAACUGCUAUGCAUGAGAAAGAGAGAUAAAUGUCUUGUUCCUGAGGCAAAAGGAGAGAGAGAGAAAAGAAGAAAGAACAAAGAAUCAAGGAAGAAAGAAAGAUCGCAAAGAGAAGGCAGAUUGUAUGACACAACUCUGUCAUACAAUUGCCUAAAUUGUCAAUAAUGUUUGGAUGCUUAUAAACCCUUCUCUUCAAUAACUGAUAAAAGCUAUGAAUUUUUGGCUGAGCUAAUGUAGAGCAAAAUAGAAACAGUGUGUGCGGAGGAGGUAUUUGAAAAAAGUGCCACGAAAAUGUAAUAUACUGAGAAUUUGAAGCUAUCACGAAGAGGCUUUGUACUAUAAUAGGCCAAGGGUAUUUGAAAUGGGACAUUUUAGACCCGUGUUGCCCAAUAAAAGUAUUAUAUGAGUUAAAAAAGCAAGCCACAUAUGUAAUUUUAAAUGUCCUUGUAGUCACGUUGAAAAAGUAACAGUAAGAGUGGAAUUAAUUUCAAGAAUAAAUUUUAUUUAACAAAAUAUAUCCAAAAUAUUUUCAUGUAAGCAUUCAAUCACUAUAAGAGUUAUCAAUGAAAUAUUUUCCUUUUUGGGGGGACUACAUCUUCACAACCUGAUGGGCAUUUUACACUCGCAGUGCAUUUGAGUUUGAACUAGCCGCCUUCCAAGGGCUAUUUCAAUAGUCGCAUGUGGUUAGUGGCUUCCAUAUUGGACAUCAAAACUCUAGGUCUCCACAAUAUAGGUAGUCUGCAGCCAAUACUAAGAUUUCAUUUUCAUUUCUCUUCUGGAACUGCAUCUUGGAUGGUGCUUUGUCGUCUUCCCACUUGGCCUGUCAAUGAUUGCUUAUGGCAGUCUGUGGAGUUUUAGAGAUUGGAAUCUAUGCAUGUAUGGGCAUGGCAUCAAGGAAAUGUCAAAAAAGCUAUUUAGUAUAAAAUGCAGAUAUUUCAUAAUUAAAAUAGAUUCCUUCUGUGUAAGCAGUGUCAUAACAUACAUUAGUAGUGACCUCAUGUAUAAUCAAGGCCAGAAGUUAUUCUGAUAUGAUGAGGAAGCACCGGGAGCCACACUAGGGAUCUUAGACUUCACUUUGCUUUGCCUAUGCUAUGGGUAAUUUUAAAACUCAAAAUUAUUACUAAAGCUUGAAAUUCUUUUUUUUUUAAUUAUGUUAAUGUUUAUUUAUUUAUUUUGAGAGAGAGUGAUAGUGAACAGGGAGAGGGGCAGAAAGAGAGGGAGACUGAGAAUCCCAAGCAGUGCAGAGCCUGAUGCGGGGCUUGAACUCACUAACCGCGAGAUCAUGACCUGAGCCAAAAUCAAGAGUCCGACGCUCAACUGACUGAGCCACCCAGGUGCCCCUGAAGCUUGAAAUGCUAAUUCAUGUAAGUCUGGUUUGAUAAUUCAGCCCUUUGUAUUUUUUUUUCAUUAAGAGGGUAGCAUAUUUAAUAUGGAGAAAAUGAAGUCUAUGAAGAUAUGCCUAAUAACUUGGUUGCUAAUACAGCCCUAAUUAUUAAGCAAGUACUUGAUUGGCGGAGCUUACUUCAGCUAGAGUGGUGCAGUCCUACCCGGGAGCUACUAGCCACAGAUGGCUAUUUAAAUUGUAAUUAAUUAAAAUUAAAUAAAAAUGCAGGGCUUCAUUUGUACUACUAGCCUUAUUUAAAAUGUUCAAUAGACAUAUAUGACUAGUAGCUAUUCUAUGGACAAGACGAAUAUCCAGCACUUCCAACGUGGCAGAAAGUUCUGUUGACCAACACUGCUCUAUAACUUAGAGGUAUGAUUGAGACAUAGAGUGUCACAAGUUAGAGAGAGACUUGGUUUUUAGUUAGGGCAUUCCAGUAAAAUAGGCAGAGAUAUUAAGAAUGUAACAAGAAAAAUAAUUUGUUUUGGUUCUGAGAGAUGAAGGAAGGUUCAGGAAAGGGGAAUGUUCUAAUGGGGAGAGACGGAGGGAAUUGGGGAGCCAGGUGAAGCUAUAUGUUCUGCCAUUUGUGGGCACUACGUGUUUAACAGCAUUACUGAACUUGAGACUAGGCCAACGUGUGUGUGUGUGUGUGUGUGUGUGUGUGUGUGUGUGCGUGUGUGUAUUUCCUGUUAAAACAACUAAGUUUAAGUUUCAGAUAUGGAUUGGUCUAGAUGUAGAUGGUACCAAGAAAAAAUAAGGCUCUGGAAUCCUAGCAAUUGUGAGAAAGACCUUGACUUUACUAGUAUUUUAGAAUUUGUGAUUCAGGCCAUAUAUCCAGGUUCCUAAGAGGCACAAGGAAGAUGGAUUUAAUAUUUUGAUUAUAUUAGCCCAUGAUGUCUAGCAAGGUGUCUAGCAUUAAAUAAAUCCUCAAUAAAAUGGUUGAAUAAAUGGAUUAAUCCAGUACCAGUUAAUUGCCUUCCUUGAAGCAACUUUUGUUCAUAGACAACUAUUAGUGUAUGGAAGGUUAACACAACCUAAUCUUUGACUUGCUUUCAUUUUGCAGUGACAGUGUAAAUUUAGAUUGAUGGCAGUUCGGAUAGAAUUACUUUUAGAAGCUGAAAGGCAGACAACCUUGUACCGGAGGCCCCUUAACCUUUGGAAGUCUAUAGUGUUUCUUUAUGUUAGAUUUACUGCUGCCUUCAAAACUCUGAGGUAACUAAGUAUGCACUAAUCUGGAGCACAUCUUCUUAAACUAUGGAAUAAACCUUAUAAAUUGAAAAAGCCUUUACAGACACCAUCAAGUUGAAAAAUGCAAAAAGUAGAUGCUAUGAAGACAUUGACCCUUUUGACACAUUCCAAGAAAGACAAUUCUGGAAGUGCAUCUCAGUUUUGAUCCCAGGAAACCAGUCCUGAGGUCUGAUUUAAGUGCCAAAAUUGUCUUGUCUGGAAGCUGGUUUAAAUUCAGUGUUACUAACUGUAUAAAAAAGACUUCAUUAAGUUGGCUUUCAUUCUAUUUAUGCCUUUGUCAUUUCCUUCAGUGUUUAAGUGAAAAUAACACAUAGGAAAUCAUUGCUGACAGGCCUAGAAUUUAUCUUCUAUUAUUUAUUGUGAUGGUCUCCUCUCCACCCACCAUUACAUUCUAACAAGUCAAAUAUCAGUUAAAGGGAUGUUUAAGACCCUGUAAUUCACAGCAUGGUAUCUGUUUUGACUAUAGUUAAUGGCCAGCACUUACUCCAAAUGAGUUAAAGCAUAUUAUUGUGUAAGCAUUUAUUUUCACUACUUUACUGCCUUGAUAAACAGUUUCCUAUUUGUCCACUGCUUUUUCUGUUCUCUUCUAAGUUUAAACCCCAGGAUGUAACCAGCUAAUGAACAGAAUGAGAGCCUGCACCAACUAGAUUGAUAAAUGUAUGAAAUUGCUACCACACUGAUGUGCAUAUGUGUGUUUAUCCAUUUGUCAAACACAUUUUUAUGCAUGGCCAUAACUAGAUGAGACUUUUCUCCCUUCAACUAAUCCCCUCAGCGUGGGUUUCUCUCUCAUAGAGAAUGAUAUCACCAUUCAUCUUAUUGCUCAUGUCAGAAAUCUAGCUAUCAUUUUAGACUGUUGCCCACACUCUGUCUCCUACACACAUUACAUUUGGAGACUGUAGAUUUAAUUGUAUAGCAUACAAGAUAAGUUGAGCAAAGCUAAAUUAUCUCCCUUGACCCCCUUUUAGAAUUAUGUAGAUUGCAUAAAUAUGUACCAUUUACAGGUGAUUAAUUUUAGAGACCUUAGUUUUUCUUUUAUUUACAUUACCUUUCUGUCUCACAAUUGAAUUCAUAGUGACCUUGGUUUUGUGAAAUCACAUUUUGUUUAAUAGCUGUAAGUUAUUGAAUGAGAGAAAUAGGAAAUGGGAUAUAUUAAAAUAUUGGCUUUUACUGUUUUCCUUCAAUUGUCUUCCAAAGAAUUCUGAUGAAACCUUGGCCAUCGAUGUCAAAUGUAGAGUAAAACUCAGUCCACAUGCUAGAAUUAGCUUUCCUCAAAUACAUGUAAACAUUUAUGCAGUUAGAUCACCCAUUUAGCAGCUACUGUUAAGAAAACAGUCCACUAUCCUUUCAGUUGUUCCUAUCAGAGUCAGAGAAAAACAUGUUUUUGCUCUAUUGGGUUAGUUGGCUAGUUAUAAUUAUUAUAUGUAUUAGCUCUGUGUAAUUUACUGGAAUAAGUAUCAAGGGAAAUUAAGAGAAAAUAAUGAACAUAAUAUGUGCAUAUAAGGAGCUGCAGUCUCAUGCAAAGGACAAUACAAAAAGAUAUUUUAAAUAAGCGAAAUCUAGAGUCAACUAAGACUAUAAAAUUACAUUCAAAAUUUGAGUGUCAAAAUGAAGAUGUUUUAUAGUAUCAUUGGCGAUGAUAAAUCAUAGGAGGCAACCUAAAUAUCCUUAGCACAAUAAGUAGAUAAUGAUACAGAACAUCACCAUUAAAAAUGUUGCUUUCCCAAAGUAUUUAAAACAUGAAGAAUUCUCAUAAUAUUAUGUUGAAUAAGAGUAAUGUAUGAAUCAAAAUCAAAUAGUGCAAAACCCGAAUCUGUGCAGCUUCCAAAAACGUGUCUUUCACUCUUAUGUAAAAAAGAAAAUCUUUUUUGGCAGGCUCAGUUCUUACAGCUCUGUUUGGCUCUAUCCCUUAUUAUUGGUGUCUUCUGUUACAUCCCCCAUCGGUUUGUGAAAGCUUUGGCACCUGGCCUGUGUCCAUCAGAAGAGGUUAUUCUGCCUUGCGGUAAUGAACAACACAAAAAUCUUGUUAACUUGUAAUGAUAAAUUAUUAUUUCUCUUAUGCUACUGUUUAUUUCUCCUUCACUGUUUAGCACUAGUUGUAUUCUUGUAUUUCCUCUGGAACUCAGAGUGAUGGAGACAUCUCUCUCUGGAAAGUUGUCACUGCAGAGAGAAAAGAGACAAGGCAAGCCACACACAGGUUCUUAGAGCCUCGGCAUCUCAUCCACUCACAUCACUUCAUGCACCCUUAAUUGGCCAAAAAAAAGUCCAAGCUCAGCAGAGUGAGUAUGUGAAGCAUUCUUUCAAGAAGGACACUGAAAAAAGGGAAGUAAUAACAUUUGAUCUCACAGUAAACAGCGACCUCGUCUAUCAUUUCUUCCAGUAUCUCCUAUUAAAUAACUUUCACCACGACUCCGAUUUUAAUGAUCCAUACUCAAGUCACAUCCUAUGCUAUGGUUUCAGCCUCUCAAAGGAGCUCAAAUCCUCUUUAGCCACACAACCUCCUAACUUCUGAUUCAAGAAGAGAUGGAAAUACUUCAUUUAAUGAGCCCCUAGAGGGUAUGUUGCUGGAAGCCAAAGAUGCGUUAUCAUCCACUUGAAAAUGGUUAGGGGAUUUCUUUGUGCUGAACUAGAGUGGUUUGGUGCUGUGGGUCAACUCAAGCAUCUUCUUUCUUAUAGAUGGCUGGACCAUUUAUAUUUACCUUCUCUCCCCCUUUUGGAUUUUUUUCCCACAUAACCAGGUAGGAUAGGCAUGUGAAAUGGGAUAGAACCAAUUAUCCUUAAUAAAAAUUGAGGUAACUAUUCUUUGUCUCUUGAAUAUCUUUCUGUCUGUUUUUGAGAUGGUGGCUUUUCCCUACAUUUACUGUGCAAAACAUGUGGCCAUUAUUUGUGCUUUGGUCUAGAAGUAGAAAGAAAUUUCCUAUUUUCCUAUUUAACACUUUAGCUGAAGAACUUUUAGACUUAACACAUAGUAGGUUCUCUCUAAAAUGUUGUGAUUGUCUCUGUCUUGUGGCAUUAUACAUGAGCUUUCAUUUCUCUUAUUUUUGUAGUUUUCAAAAUUUUACUUUAUAACAAACCCCUCACUACUGUCACAUUCAGAAAAGAAAUACAAUAAUUAUUGUGCAUUUAAAAAAAUACAAUAAAAUUGUAAAAAAAAAAACAACAUAAGAAAAAAAUAAAAAGGACUGCUAGGAGAGACUGGCAUCAGGAAAAUCAGAACUAAUUCAAGGUCAUUUCUGAGUAUAUAUAAUAUCUAGUUCAUUUUUAUACUUUUCAUAAUUCCCAGUGUUGAAAGAUAUUCAUGUGAUCUUAUGGUGGUAAUAGUGCUAGGGACACACUCAAGAAAUACUCCAAAUCUACACUAGACAAAUCAGCCAUUUUUUUUACACUUCUGGGGAAAGAUAAACAGAGAAGCUACCACCAGGGGAAAAAAGCAAAACAAAACAAAACAAUACUGGAGAUUACAGGGCUUCUGACUCACACUCCAACAUAGAAUUUGUGUGAGUUAUCUUGAACCAAAUAGUUGAACAUUUUAGAUGUGGUUUGUCCAGCUAAACUAUCUAGGUUCUAGAACCUAGAAGUAGACUACCUGUCCUUUCUUCUUACUUGCUUAUUGAAGCAUAAAUGUGUUUAAGAAUUUGUAAUCAAAAGCAUACCCACCAGUAAGCAGAAGAGAGUGCAGGAAACAACAUACCAAGCCUUGGCUGCUUGUUUGAAUGUUUUCUUAGGCACAGAAAAGUUUUCUAUUUUUGUAUCUAUUUGCAUAACAGAGGUAAUAUAGGGAGAGAUAGAGUCAAUAGAGUCAAAGACAAAAAGAGAAACACACAGAAGGGGUGGGGGGAAUGAGAGAGAGAGACAGAGACAGAGAGAGACAGAGAGUGAAAGGGAAGGAGUUACUGAUUUUCUCAAGGGUUUUAGGUCAUGGGACAUUAUUUUAUGAUCCUGGAAAAAAAAGCUAUAGGAAAGGUAUACCCACGUGGGUUCACUAAUAAAAUGUCCAAUAAAAUAUCCCAGGAACUGAGCAUUUCAUGACAACACUUUCUCUUUCUUGAAGAAAAGUAAAACUUGUUCAAAACAUUCUGUAGUCAAAACUUGACACAAUUGUAGAAGCUAGUCACCCAAUGUUGAAAUGAAGAAAUAGAAGUUAAAAUGAAUGAAUCUUCCGAUAUUUCAAAUGGGUUGGAGGUAGAUUCUGGUAUUUUUUCAUAGAGAUACAAUCUUUGGCUUUGAUUCGUCACAACAUCAAAUCUUUACCCCAACCAAAUGGAAGAUUUAUUACCAAGUUUUCAUGCAUACCAUUUAUGAAUAAUAUUAAUAAAUCCUAACAUGUAACAGAUCUUCUAAGGAGUAUGUAUCUGAAUUAUCAAAUUAAGGAUCAUAAAAUGGACACACUUAACACUUCAAACAUAUAAUCCUCUGCCAUACUGACAGCUUUGCUAAUAUUUGCAUUAUUUUACAAAUUGCUUUUAGGGCUGCUGUGGUUUACUGGAGCAAUCUGUAUCAUCCUGGCUUCUCUGGCUGUUACACAAUUUCCUCUGAAAUGCUUCAGAAAAUAUUUCUGACAAAAAUAGUCAGGUGAAAUUAUGAAAAUUAAAACAAUUCUAAGGUUGAAUCUGACCAUGUAAGAAGUGAGUAAAAUUUGGGAUAAGAAGAAAAGUUAAAGCAAUCUGCAAUCUCCAAGAGUUUAAAAAAAAACUAGUGUUUUUGUAUAAAAAGAGAAUUCUUUACCACCUUAAUCCAUUAUUAAAGGUGACCAUUCAUCCUUAGUAAUCAGAUCAACUUGUGCUGAAAAUUUAGUUCUAUAUGUGUGAAUUGGAAGUGAUCUUAUUAGUGUUCUAGUACAUCAAGUUUGAUAAAAUCGCCAAUCCAUUUCAGUUAAGUUUCUAUUGAUCCACUUAAGAGAUCAAUUUGGACUUGUUCGAUUCUUUUGUCAAGGGAUUUCAUCUGGCUUGAGUUUAGCAUUAUGAAAUAAAUGUGAUUUAGGAAUGUAAGAUGAAAUAAAAAAGAAUCCAGAUGAGUGUUGACAAUUAUUUGAACUCAAAUUUUUGCACUUGAGCAUUUGAUAGGGUAUUGCCAUUUAGAAGUGGACUAGAAAAACAAUAGGACAAAGAAGUCAGAGUGCCUUUCAAAGUAGUUAGUCAUACCUUCCCUCACUUCCACCAGCGAUUAUGUUUCCCGUGCCAUUUAACAGUUUGACAUCUAUUUGCCAAUCAAAAUACAGUGUUAGCUUUAUUCUUAAAUAUAUUUUACAUUUUCUUACACUGACUUCCAUUAACCACCUAUUUUCUUCAUAGCUAUUUUUCAGUUUCCUAGAAUUUUCUGCAUUUCGUUAUAAUUUUUCUUAGAAGAGAAAGAAUGAGUUUUGAUGUGAAGAUCUUGGGGACAUUUACAGGAGCUCCACAUGAUGGCCAUUUUUUGGCUUCUUUCCCUCCCUUCCUUCCUUCCUUCCUUCCUUCCAGAAUAGUUGUACGAGUGGUCCUAGAAGACAACUUCCCAGAAGUGUUUCUAUUUCAUACUUAAUUCUGUUCUCUUAUUCAGAAUGGGUGAGGUACUCGUUUUAGCAGGAAGCAGUCUUCAAGACCUUGUCUUCCACGUGGUAUAAAGAAUAGAUGUGUAGGUUUGCAGUGAUUCUGCAUGUAUUACAUCGUCAGGGAAGUUCAAAGUAAAUGGAGAAUCAAGAGAUUUAAAGGUAGGGACUAAAUGUGGUGCAAAAGGUCAGAGAUUUUAUUUGGAGACCGACAUGCUCUAUAAUGCCAUUGUACCAAUUGGUUUUCAGUUAGGCAUAAAGGAUUUCGUAGAAUUUAGAGAGGAAAUUAGACUAUGGAAAAAUAUGGAGGCUUUGCUGAGGGAGUGAUGUUCUGGAAGAGGGAUGUUGGAGAAUUAGAGAAGGAGUUACUAAAAAGCAUGAAAGUAUGGGUACAAGCAGACAGACUGACGCUUGCAGGAAGCCCAAGAAACUAACCCCUCCUGGUAGCCCAACUGGGACCAGAUGUGCUCGUACACCACUGCCACAGGUUCUAAUGGUGAAAAAAGAAAAAGGAGAAAGAAAUGAUGAAGAAAGAAAGGACCAUGGGCAAAGAGUCAAAUGAAGGUACCCAUUUGCAC